AGUUUUGGUUUAGUAGGUCUAUUUUAGCUAAUUAUUUUUAAAAGUUAGUAAUAACACAUGCACGCCUAAUAAUGCAACAAGGAUCUGUAGGUGAUCUAUCAUUAGGAGAAAGAUUAUCUAAUUUUCGUUCAAGAUACAAGAGUUUUUUGCCUUCGUGUCAAAAUUUUAAAAACACCGAUCCUGAUCUUGAGCACAUUGACUUUUGGGGAAAACCUUGGGACUGGCUUCCUUCUCUUGACGUUUUUUUAAAGUUUAGCUCGAAGGAAAGAAUACCUCGUAUAUUUAAUCGUCUUCACAUAGGCCAGUUAGUUGAAGGCUUUAUUGAGGAUAAUUUGUGGGACGUUACUUUAUCAGCUUUAAUUUUUGAAAUUUUUCCGAUUUGUGCUUGCGGAAUUUCGAAUUGUAGUGAAAAAACUGGUUUUUCAAGUUCUAGACGCCCUUGCCGUGUUAACGACUUAGAAGGCCUCAAUAUAAAAAUAUUCAUUUGUAAUGAUUUAUCAGAAGUUCGGGCAAACUUUAGCGUACACAAAAAAUUUUUAGAACAAAGUGAGCCAGGAGAUCUUUUUAGGGGCUCCAUUAUUUAUUACGAAUUGGAAAGAUUGGAAAUUUGGGUCACUAAUUUCGAUUCUCGAAGCGUUCUUCCUUUGGGUUUUUUUACUCACUGUUUGGAUUACAACGUUUGUUACAGGGAUUUUGAGCGAUACCAGGAAACCUUAACACGUUCACAUGAUUACCACAACUCUUUGUAUUGCAGCGAACUUUUGUCAACGCUACAAGUCUGCAGAGAAAAGGACACCUUCCUGCUAGAGUCAAAGAAAGAAUACCUAAAAGAAGACUCCUUUGAGGAACUGCGGAAACGUCAAAACAUGGAUUACGCCAAUGAGUGCGUAAAAAGUGGCGUUGAGAGAUUUAAGAGCGAUGACGCGAAAGCUGCCUUGGGCUACUAUUUAAAGGCUCUUGGUAGCAUAAAUUUCAUAGCCUUUAACUUUCCUUGCUGUUAUCUUUUAAAGAAAUUGAGCCAGAGCACGCUGAUGCCCUUGUGGCUCGUGGGGCCUUACACGCCAGCCAGUUUGACUUUAAAGCUGCCGAGAAGGACUUUAAAGCUGCUCUGCAUCUUGACGAGUCUCACACUAACGCAAAAAGCUCGCGUUUAUGAGGUGCAGGCCAGCCGACAAGAAGAUAGGGGCGACUUGAGGGCAGCCGUGGACCUUCUGCUGAAAUCUCGAGCGCUGUGCCCCCAGAAUGCAUCGACAUCCCAGAAACUGGAGAGACUGGAAGGGAUACUGUUGGAGAAAGUGCGAAAAAGAGGACAAGAGCACGCAUCGUCGCUGAAAGAAAAGUUGCUGCGGCUUGUAAACGACCCAGGCAGUAUUCACAAGUCCGUAUUACACCGCAAAGCAAAAAGGAGAAAGAAAUCAAAAAAGAAGUUUUAUGAAAAAAGAAAAAAGCGACGUCAAAGCUCAAGUAGCAGUCCCUUUUCGACCUGACAAUUCCACAUAGUACUUAAAUAAAACACGGUUA